CCAAGGCGCGUUGUUGUCAGUCAUCAAAAUGAUAAAUGGAAGCCAUGUCAGACAUGUUUUUUCGUUCGAUUAAUUGUUAUCAACGAAUCGAUGGAUCAAGAUUAGAACAAUGCAUAUAUGUCCACAUUUGCUAUAAAUCGUUCUACUGAAAUGUGAUAAUAACCGAAUUCGGUAUUAAAAAUAGAUCACAAAUCGACUAUCGAUCAUGUUGUAAACAAAACUGAUGUUCAGGGAACAAAUACACGGUUUUGUGCGAAAAAAAUGCCGAAAAAGUUUGUUACCUUUUGUCAAGAAGAAGUUGAAAAAAAAAUUUGUCAAAAACUUGACAAGAUAAAUCGAUGUGUCACGUAAAUGUGAUUUCCGCAAUGGUGAAGCUGGGAUGUAUUUUUUAUACCAUGUCGGAGUGAAGCGAAGGGAAGCAAAGCAAAUCGGCUAGUACAAUAAUCACCAUUUGGAAGCAAGGAAAAGAGUGCAGGAUGAAAGCAAAAUUCAUUAGAAACGAAAAAGACUGAACCAUUUCAACGUACUUUUAAUAAAAACGCUCCUUUAUUCGUUAUCUCUCUAUCCACACUGUUAUCAGCGGCAUUGUUCAGCGUCGACGAUUCAAAUUCGAGCGAUGAGGAGUAUUUUUGCUAUCGAUUUCCCACAUACGUGAUAAAAGCUCGACUUCGAAAUGCGAAAAUAAUUCAACAUGUUCAAAACUCUCUCUAUAAAGAGAGUUGCGAUGCAAUUGAAACAAUCUCAUAUCAGAGUAUGCAUCGUUAGUAAGUCGUGUCUGCGUGGUUGCGUCUAUAAUUAUCCGUUAAACUUGAAAAAUGAAUGCGCGCCAAAAAAAAAAAAACGCAAAAGGAAAUCGAGAAGAGAAUUUCUUUGUUUAUAAUUCUAUUUUUAAAAUAACAAACCACUUGUGUAUUGUAUUUUCUCACUUCAAGUGGGUUCAGUAGCAUGAAAAUAAAUAUAAUCAAUGUUAUCACAUUCUCGUUACGAGACGAAUCGUUUUAGUUUAUUCUUAAAUUCAACAAAAAAUCUCUCUAGUCCUAUGCAGUGAUGUCAAUUGAAUAUCAAAUAAUUGAGCAAAAAGAGCCACAUGGUAUGGUAUUGCAUGGAGAAGAGAUUUGUGACUAUUAUGAUUGGCUUGAAAAUGAUUCGGAGCAAAAGAAUGAGAUUCUUCGUUUUGAAGCUGAAACGCUGGACAAAUACCUUGAAUUGAAUUCAUCGAACAACAAUUGGCUGGAAAUUCGAGAAAUAUUCCAUAAUCCAAUCGAUUAUGAACUGUUUUCGGAUGUUCAACUCUUAAACGGCCACAUUUUUUAUAGCUAUCGCAAUUUUUCAAAAUCAAUUUAUAAACCCAUUUUUAUGAGAGCAAAAUCAUUGAAGGAUGAACAACCACGUGUCGUGUUCAAUUCAAAUAAAACACCUUAUGACUCUGUAAUUGAGCAUGAGUAUUCGCCGAAUGGAAAAUACUGCGCCCUUACUAUGAGUGACAAGAAUCAAAUUUCAAUUGAACUUCUGAUCAUCGAUGUCGAAACGGCUGAAAUGCAUGGACAUUGCUUGCAACUGUUUAGUUUUGAGAAGAUCGCAUGGAGUGCCAACAGUGAAGGAUUUUUUAUUUAU